CAUGCGCAGAGCGCUUUGGGGGAAAUCAAACAUGGCGGUCAAAAUAGUAUGUUGAUGAGAAUGUUUUAUGAGCAGUCGUUUCAUUCUCCCAGUUUACACACGUUCACUCUCUCGGGGCCUUUAGAGGUUUGACAUUCUGUCCACAUGGCUAACUCUGCCUGGUCCGAAACAAUACUCCAGCUCCUCCGCCGAAUGAAUAACUUUUAUUUACCAGCCUCCGGCCGGUCCAAGUGCUUAAGGUUUGAGAUAAACGGAGUGCAGGUGGGCUGGAUUCCUCCGCACGUCGCCCCGCUGUUGACACGGUACCCGGAAGUGUUCAGCCCGCCGCUAGGGGGCGCUGUGUCGCUGCGCCGCAGCCUGGACUCGUACGAGAAGAGGUCGGAGGCUGUGGACGCGGUGCUGCGCACCAUGAGACGGGAAGGCGCGUUCACGUGUCUGAAGGGGUGGAGGGAUGAGAAGAACAGUGUGAUGCCCGCGUUCUCCGACCCUCCUCUGAUGUGGAUGGAAAGAGCAGCGACGAGUCUUUUUGGCGUGAAGCGCUACGGCGUCCACAUCAACGGCUACACCGUCGGCAAUGGCGGGGAAGUCCGCAUGUGGCUGGCACGCCGUUCCCUCACCAAGCAGACGUACCCCGGACUGCUGGACAGUGUGGCGGCGGGUGGCAUCGCCGCCGGCGUUGGCAUCAAACACACGUUGGUCAAGGAGUGCGAGGAGGAAGCGUGUAUCCCAGCAGCCAUUGCAGCGAAGGCUCGCCCCGUAGCCAAUGUGAGCUACACCUACGAGGACGAGGACGGGGUGUUUCCAGAGAGCCAGUUCGUCUUCGAUCUGGAACUUCCUCUGGAGUUCGAGCCCCGCGCCGGAGACGGAGAGGUCCAAGACUUCCACCUGCUGCCCGUCGACGAGGUUAAGAGACUGCUGGCCACGGAUGACUUAAAACCCGACUGUGCCAUGGUGGCCCUGGACUUCCUCAUCAGACACUCGUUUAUCGAUCCAGACGCAGAACAGGACUGCAUCAGACGUUAUGGAGUGAAGCGACCGGCGGAGGACAUUUCACCGGCUAACGGCGCUCUGGGGGCCCGAAGAGAGAGGAUUGGAAAGGAGGGGAAGAUAAUUUGGGAUAACUUUGGGGUAAAAGUUGAAAAGAGGAAUAAAGAGUUCCACUUAUUGAACCUCUUUGACAACACAAACGGCUCGUACCACCGGCCCCGACCCCUCCACAGCCUGCUAGUAUGAACGCUAAUGUCCCCAACUAAGUGUGUGUGUAUACAGGACUGUCUCAGAAAAUUAGAAUAUUGUGAUAAAGUUCUUUAUUUUCUGUAAUGCAAUUAAAAAAACAAAUGUCA